UCAGGCUUUGAUGGAAACAAAUGCUGGUCCCCCCUCCUCCCCUCAGCCCCCUCCCCGCAGGGCUGCACGCCCCCUCCUCGGCUCACAUGACUUGAGGCUGCAGCAGCUGCCUGGUCCUCCCAGCCAGGACCUCCCAGACUGGUCUCCUGUGGCUCCCCCAUCCCAUCACCCCCUCCUCGCAGCCUUUCCCACACCGGAUGUGACUGAGGGGUGAGGACUCCACCCUGUUUGUUCCAGGGCCUCACAUCUGGAUUUCAUCCUGGCUGGGGGGGUGGGGGGGUGCCAGUGCCUUGCCCACCCCGCUGGGACCCUGCGUCCCAGGGCAGUGCUAGAUGGUGCCGAUGAGAACAGGAUGUGGGGAGUCGAGCCUGGCUAGCUCAGUCUACAUCUCCUCCUAUAAGACUGGAUGGAGGGCACCUAAGGGAGCUAAUAUAUCGGCUAAUAUUUACUGAGUGCUUGCUCUGUGCCAAGGGUGCUUCAUGUAGCAUUCAACAGGAUUUUCCCAUAACCCCUAGGAACUGGGCUUUCUUCUCCCCAUUGCACAGAUGAGGACGUUGAGAGGCCAGACAUUCAGUGACUUGCCCAAGGUCCCACAGCAUGUCGGGUGGAGUGGGGUUCAACCCUGGAUUUGCCAUGACCUCUGAGAUGCGUAAACCUCAGGGCCGCCCUGGUGUCUCCCCAAGCACCCAUGGGGAGCACCCAUGGCCUCAAGGCUCAGACCCAGCCUGAAGCCGAGGGCAGUGGGUGGUAAUGAGCAGGGGAUGGUGCUAUCAGCAGCGAGCAUCUUGCUGACCCAGGUUGGCAGGCAGCAUGAAGCCCCAGGCUCUCGUGUAUUCUGGAAUACAAGGAGACAGGCCCUCCCGGCCCUGCCCAAGGCUCAGUCUCUGUGUAGCUCUGACAGCCCCAUGGCCCUGGCCGGCCACUGAGCCCCACCAUGGGCAGCCUGUACUCAGAGUACCUAAGCCCCAGCAAGGUCCUGGAACACUAUAAUUACACCAAGGAGACGUUGGACACUCAGGAGACGACCUCCCGCCAGGUGGCGUCGGCCUUCAUCAUCAUCCUCUGCUUUGCCAUCGUGGUGGAGAACCUGCUGGUGCUCAUCGCCGUCGCUCGCAACAGCAAGUUCCACUCCGCCAUGUACUUGUUCCUGGGCAACCUCGCCGCCUCAGACCUGCUGGCAGGUGUGGCCUUCGUAGCCAACACCUUGCUCUCGGGCCCUGUCACGCUGGGGCUGACCCCUCUGGAGUGGUUUGCCCGGGAGGGCUCCGCCUUCAUCACGCUCUCCGCCUCUGUCUUCAGCCUCCUGGCCAUUGCCAUUGAGCGGCACGUGGCCAUCGCCAAGGUCAAGCUCUACGGCAGCGACAAGAGCUGCCGCAUGCUGCUGCUUAUCGUGGCCUCAUGGCUCAUCUCCCUCGCUCUCGGAGGCCUGCCCAUCCUCGGCUGGAACUGCCUGGGCCACCUCGAGGCCUGUUCCACCGUGCUGCCGCUUUACACUAAGCGCUAUGUGCUCUGCGUGGUGACCAUCUUCUCUGUCAUCUUGCUGGCCAUCGUCGCUCUGUACAUCCGCAUCUACUGCGUGGUCCGCUCCAGCCACGCCGACGUGGCCGGCCCACAGACGCUGGCCCUGCUCAAGACGGUCACCAUCGUGCUGGGUGUCUUCAUCGUGUGCUGGCUGCCUGCCUUCAGCAUCCUGCUCCUGGACUAUGCCUGUCCCAUCCGGUCCUGCCCAAUCCUCUACAAAGCCCACUACUUCUUUGCCUUCGCCACCUUGAACUCACUGCUCAACCCCGUCAUCUACACGUGGCGCAGCCGGGACCUACGGCGGGAGGUACUGAGGCCGCUGCAGUGCUGCCGGCGGGCGACGGGGGUUCAAGGGCGGCGGGGCGGGACCCCGGGGCAUCGCCUCCUGCCCCUCCGCAGCUCCAGCUCUCUAGAGAGGGGCACACACAUGCCCACGUCGCCCACGUUCCUGGAGGGCAACACGAUGGUCUGAGUGGGCCACCAGGCCAUGACAGAGGGCUCCGUGGAGACACACCGGGUGACCUUGGACAGAGAUGUGGGGCUGCCAAGCAGGACGCCCCUACGCCGCAGACCUGGGUGAUAUUGAAAAUACUUCACGCCAGGGGUGGCCGGCUGAGACGGUGGCCAGUCGGACGGCAGAGCUGAAGGGUCAGAGGCUAGUGCAGUAACUGGUGCGAGCCCUUCAGAACUGGAUCAUGGGGAGGCCUGGGGGACCUGGAAAGGGCCUGGCGACAAUAGGCAAGCACUCGGGAGCUCAGGGCAGGAACAACUUACAACCCCUUACAAGGGAUUUCACCGUUUCACGACUGACACUCUGCCCUGUACAGGGCUCCCCUCUCUGAAUCUAGCCCCUUGUCCCCUCUGGCAACCUUAGGCCACUUUCGCCAGCACUACUGCCCCAAGGGGCCGGAGGCUUCCUCCCUGACUGUCCUCGGCGGCCCUGGCUGACGGUUGCAAAGCCCAAAUCCACAGCUUCCCCAAAUUUCACCAGCUGCCACUUCGGCCUCUUCCCUUUCCUCUCUCUCUCCAUGAGAUGCUGGGAAGCCAUGGGGUGGAGAGGGGGGCUGGAUGCCGUUCUCAGACCUCAUCGGCCAAUUGCACCUUUUGGGGCACAGAGGAACACCAAGGGCUGGAAAAACUGGUCUGGGGGAGCUGAGGAGGGCUCUGGGCCUCCUGGUGAGAGAGGGUGGAACUUGAGAAGGUUCAAGGGCAGCUGUUUGCACAGGACACCUCCCCCCCCCAUAGAAACAACCACCCCAGAGCUACUCCCACCUACGGCCCAGGGGAGGUACCAGAUCUCCCCGGGGCAGGGCAGCCUUGAGCCAACGUACCUCCUUUCAAGUUGUAUUGUAUGGAGGGGCAUGGGGGUAGGCAUGCCAAGGACAUUUGCGGGGUGCUGUCCCUUCACCUGCCCCAGAAGGACUUUCCUAAAUUCCAUGGAUAGAUGGAAGGGACAUUGCGGUACAAAUGUAUAUUUAUGUGUGUUUGUGUGCGCGCGUGUGUGGUAUCUGUGACCCACUCUCCCCACCGUGUUCCCCCUGAGUGGAUGCUCUUGGCGUCUCCUGUCUGUAUUGAAGCUGCCAAAGAGGGGUCUGGCCCCCCGCACAGACCCCUUUGUAAUUGCUGGCUCGCCUCCCCGCUUGAGAGCUGGGGUACAGCUCUCCUUGGGGAAGGAAACCUCAUGCCUCAAAGGGAUUUCUCGUGAAUGCAAAGGCUGGGGGAGGGGGUCUUGGGGGGCAAGGAGCCAGUUGGGGGCUUGUCUCCCUUCGUACAGCUCCCCAAAUGCCCCCCAUGCCCGAGACCCAGGCCCAGGCCAAUAAACGGUUCAAUCUCUCA